AUGGCCAUCACCAAGAUCCACGCGCGCUACGUCUACGACUCGCGCGGCAACCCGACCGUUGAGGUCGACGUUGUCACCGAGACUGGCCUGCACCGCGCCAUUGUCCCCUCGGGUGCCUCCACUGGCCAACACGAGGCUUGCGAGCUCCGCGAUGGCGACAAGGAGAAAUGGGGUGGCAAGGGUGUCCUGACCGCUGUCAAGAACGUCAACGAGAUCAUUGGCCCCGCCAUCAUCAAGGAGGCCGUCGACGUCAAGGACCAGUCCAAGGUCGACAAGUUCCUGAUUGACCUUGAUGGUACCCCCAACAAGACCAAGCUGGGCGCCAACGCCAUCCUGGGCGUGUCCCUGGCCAUUGCCAAGGCUGGCGCUGCCGAGAAGGGUGUCCCUCUGUACGCCCACGUCUCCGACCUGGCCGGCACCAAGAAGCCCUAUGUCCUGCCCGUUCCCUUCAUGAACGUCCUCAACGGCGGUUCCCACGCCGGUGGCCGCCUGGCUUUCCAGGAGUUCAUGAUCGUCCCCAGCGACGCCCCCUCUUUCUCCGAGGCCCUGCGCUGGGGUGCUGAGGUGUACCAGCAGCUGAAGAGCCUGGCCAAGAAGAAGUACGGCCAGUCUGCCGGCAACGUCGGCGACGAGGGUGGCGUCGCCCCUGAUAUCCAGACUGCCGACGAGGCUCUUGAGCUGAUCGCCGAGGCCAUCGAGAAGGCCGGCUACACUGGCCGCAUGAACAUCGCCAUGGACGUUGCCUCCAGCGAGUUCUACAAGGAGGAUGUCAAGAAGUACGAUCUGGACUUCAAGAACCCCGAGAGCGACCCCACCAAGUGGAUCACCUACGAGCAGCUGGCCCAGAUCUACUCCGACCUCAGCAAGAAGUACCCCAUUGUCAGCAUUGAGGACCCCUUCGCCGAGGAUGACUGGGAGGCCUGGAGCUACUUCUACAAGACCCAGAACAUCCAGAUCGUUGGUGACGACCUGACGGUCACCAACCCCCUGCGCAUCAAGAAGGCCAUUGAGCUCAAGGCUUGCAACGCCCUGCUGCUGAAGGUCAACCAGAUCGGUACCCUGACCGAGUCAAUCCAGGCCGCCAAGGACUCCUACGCCGACGGCUGGGGCGUCAUGGUGUCCCACCGCUCUGGUGAGACUGAGGAUGUCACCAUUGCUGACAUUGUCGUCGGUAUCCGUUCUGGCGAGAUCAAGACUGGUGCCCCGGCCCGCUCGGAGCGCCUGGCCAAGCUGAACCAGCUGCUGCGCAUCGAGGAGGAGCUCGGCGAGAACGCCGUCUACGCCGGCAAGAACUUCCGCACCUCGGUGAACAUCUAA